CAGCAUUCUUCCAGUGAGAGGGUAAUAUUUGUGUUGCCAUCAGCAAGUGCUUCCCAAGUGGCAUCAGGCUGGUCUAACUCCGCUUUGCGCUCUUUUAAUCUCUUGGGAUCUCCUUGAAGUUUUUUCCCGUCAUGGCUUCCAAAGUCACGUCUUGGUUUAAGAAGAAGGGGAAGGCUGUGAGCCAAGUGAAAACUGAUUAUGCUUAUCACCACUCUUCAUGUGUGUGUGCCAAGCAGCAGACAGCAGUGAGGCAAUCCAGCUGUAUCUCGGAGAGCCAGGCCACAGCGGCUAUGGCAGAACCAGGCUAUACCAUACCUGCGUUUAGGCAGAGGAGCGCAGAAGAUGGAACGGAGGAGUACCAGAGAGUGAGCACGAAUGUUGGGAAAGGACUGACGGUGAUCCAGGAGGAGCUCCACAGGAUGAGGAUGGCCACCAAGGCCCAGGUGGAGAGGCUGAACCUGCAGAGAGAGGUUAAGGAAAUGAUGUAUAAGAAGGUGAAUCCAUCAGAAACCCAGAAGAUGCCGGACUUCCUGGUGGCUCUUCGACCUCACACCGUGUGGGAGAAGACCCCCGUCAAGCUGUUCUGUACCGUGGAGGGAAACCCCAGGCCCGUCGUCAAAUGGUAUAAAGGAGGUGCGCCCGUCGACCCACUGAGCGCCCCAGGGAAGUACAAGAUUGAAAACAAGUAUGGAGUCCACAGUUUGAUCAUUAGCAGGUGUGCAGUGAGCGAUACGGCUGAGUACAGCGCUGUGGCAUCAAACCCUCACGGCACCGCCACCAGCAAGGCUACCGUCACCGUGAAGAGAGCAGCAGGGACCGCAGUGUCCUGCCAGCUCAAUUUAGUGCCCCACCUGACUGAGAUCCAUGCCAGUAAGCUGGAGGUCAGUCUUUUGGACCGUUUCUCCGUCAGCUUUGGGACGGAGGGCAGCUGCAUCAGCCUGGUCUGCUCCAUGGUGGUGGUCCCAGACCUGCCCAACGUGCCCCCCCUUGUCCAGUGGUACCGAGACGAUAAGCUUCUGAAGCCCAGCGCUCUGGCAGAGAUGUCUGUGGGGGGGGGAUCUGCCCGCCUGACGCUGCCUCAGCUGGCCAAAGACGACGAGGGUCUCUACACGCUGCGCAUCUUCACCAAGGACGGCACCGCGGAGCACAGCGCCUACCUGUUCGUCUCAGAUGCGGCGGCCCCUGUCUCUGGUGCCCCUGGUGCCCCGAUGAGUGUGAAGGCGUACGACAUCAACUCUGACUACGUGCUGGUGGCCUGGAAACCCCCGAACACCGUCAACGAGGCGGCCAUCAGCGGAUACUUCGUGGACAGGCGUGAGUCUGGCAGCGACGCCUGGGUCCAGUGCAACGACGCCCCGGUGAAGAUCUGUAAAUACCCGGUCCACGGCCUGAAGGUCGGGAACUCGUACCACUUCAGGGUCCGAGCCGUGAACAGCUCUGGGAUCAGCAGGCCGUCCAGAAAGUCGGACAAAGUGACCGCCCUCGAUGCCGCCGAGAGCGAGAGGCUGCAAGGUACCGAUGAAGGCGUGCCCUCGACUCCCGGUCAGGUCGUGGCCAGCAGGAACUCCAAGUCCUCCGUGUUCGUUCAGUGGGAAUCUCCCAAACAGCUGAAGAACCUGAUGGGAUAUUACAUCGACGGACGCAUCGUGGGAUCCAAGGAGUGGUUCCCCUGCAACCACAAGCCCUUCAAACACUGCAGGUUUGUGGUCCACGCCCUGAUCCCUGGUGAGAGCUACACCUUCAGAGUCCAGGCCGUGAACGUGUUCGGCCUCAGUGAAGAAUCCCAGGAGUCCACGGUCAUCGCUGUGGAGCCGGCACUCGGCGACCCCCGCUCCGCCUCUGGGAUCAGCAUGCUGAGCUGCGACGGCUCCUCCAUGACUUUGGUCUGGAAGAGCCCCAAACACUGCGGAGGCUCCAAGGUCAACGCCUACUACAUCGACAAGAGGAACGCUGACACGCUGGUGUGGAAGGAGGUCAACGUGUCCGCUGUGAAGGAGAGGAUCUGCACCGUGGACAGUCUGACUGAAGGAGUUUUCUACGAGUUUAAGGUUCAGGCUGCCAACAUGGCGGGCGUCGGGGUGCCGUCGGCUCCCAGCAGCCCCAUGAAGUGUGAAGCCUGGACCAUGGAGCAGCCAGGCCCGGCGUACGACCUGAGCUUCAGUGAGGUCAGAGGUCACUCCCUGGUCGUCCUGUGGAAAGCUCCGGUGUACAUCGGGGCCAGCGCUGUGUCUGGGUAUCAGGUGGAGAUGGCCAAGAAGGGAUCCUCAGAGUUUGUGACUCUGAACGAGGAAGCUGUGAGCCACCGGUACCUGCAGGUGAGCGGUCUGCAGGAAGGAGAAACCUACGUGUUCAGAGUUCGCUCGGUGAACGCUAACGGAGUCGGGAAACCUUCCCAGCUUUCUGAGCCCGUCUGUGCCAAAGCUCUGCCAGGCACUCAGGAGAUCGUGGCCAGCGUGGACGAGGAGACCGGAGACGUGUUCCUGUCUCUGGAGGCCUGCGAGAUCUCAGAGACCUCCAAGUUCGUCUGGUCCAAGAACUACAAAGCCAUCGGAGACUGUCCCAGAGUCGCCAUCUCCAACAAGGGCAGAACCUCCAAACUGACUUUCUCCAACCCGGAUAAAGAUGAUCUGGGCAGAUACUCUGUGGUCGUCACUGACACAGACGGAGUCUCUUCCAGCCACACUCUGACUGAGGACGCUCUGAACACCAUGCUGGAGCUCAGCUACGCCAUCAGACAUCCAAUCGUUCCUCUGAAACACGGUCUGGAUUACGAGAUCCUGGAGAAGGGUCACGUGCGUUUCUGGCUGCAGGCCGCCAAACUGUCGCCCUCCGUGUCCUACAGAGUCCAUCGUUAACGACAGGAGGUCAAAUCUGGAGAGGGAAUUAAGAUCAGUCACGACGUCGCCACAGGACUGAUCCAGAUAACGGUGGAUCAUUUCACUCGAGCCAACGAGGGAACGUACGUCGUUCAGAUCCACGACGAGAAAGGCCAAGAACCAGAGCUCCCUGGUGGCUAGGUGGGAGACGUGUUCAAAGCUGCUCUGAAGGAGGCCGAGUUUCAGAGGAAGGAGCACAUCAGGAAGCAAGGUCCUCAUUUCUCUGAGUAUCUGUCCUUCAGCGUCACUGAGGACUGCACUGUGCUGCUCGCCUGCAAGGUGGCUAAUGUGAAGAAGGAGACGUCCUUCCACUGGUACAAAGAGGACGAUGAGAUUGUUCCAGAAACUCCUCCCAACGUCAUGUCUGGAGCCUGUGCUCUCGCCAUCCCUCUGUUCUCCAGGACGGAUCAGGGCGUGUACAAGGCGGUGCUCAGUGACGACAGAGGAAAGGAUUCAUCCAGCUUCGUCAUCUCAGGACAAGUGUUUGACGACAUCAUCAACGCCCUCGCCCAGAAUGCAGGUGCCUCUGCCUCUGAGCUGGUGCUUCAGUGCACACCAGAGGGCAUCAGGCUGCAGUGCUACAUGAACUACUACACAGAGGAGAUGAAGACCUCCUGGAAACACAAGGAGAGUAAGAUCGCCUCCUCUGAGAAGAUGAGGAUCGGAGGAACAGCGGAGAUGGCGUGGAUGCAGAUCUGUGAUCCGUCCGAUAAGGAGAAAGGAAAAUACUCCAUCGAGAUCUCCGACGGCGUGCAGACCCACACCAGGACCUUCGACCUCUCCGGACAGGCAUACACCGAUGCCUAUGAGGAGUACCUGAGACUGAAGUCCGCUGCAUUUGCUGAGAAGAACCGCGGCAGAGUGGUGGGUGGUCUGCCUGAUGUUGUCACCAUUAUGGAAGAGAAGUCUCUGAGCCUGACUUGCACCGUGUGGGGCGAGCCGACCCCCGAGGUCUCCUGGUUCAAGAACGAGCAGGAAGUGGCCUCCAACGAGCACACCAGGGUCACCUUCGAGGGCGGCAAGUUCGCCAGCAUGGUCAUCAACAAGGUGACGCCCGACGACUCCGGCAAGUACAGCAUCAACGUGAGGAACAAGUACGGCGGGGAGUUCGUGGAGAUCACCGUCAGCGUGUACCGGCAGGGAGAGAAGAUCCCCGAGCCCAAGCUGGGGCAACCCAAAAACCCCACUGCUACCCCCGCUGUUACCCCCGCUGUUACCCCCGCUCCUCCUCCAAAACCCCCAACUCCGACCCCUAAAUCCCAGACCCCGGCCUCCAUGAAGAGCCCGACUCCCGCCUCUACUCCUGCUUCUACCCCGAUCCCUAAAUCUCCGACUCCAUCUCGUGGCGUGAAAAGUCCGACUCCAGCCAACACUCCCGCUUCUACCCCCAUCCCAAAAUCUCCAACUCCGACUCCAUCUCGUGGUUUGAAGUCUCCAACUCCACCCAGAUUCAUGAAGUCUCCCACCCCUCCCAGGAAGUAAAGGGAAGUGGGGAAGUCUGCGGGGGAAAUGAUUGCUGUUAGCAUCGCUGAUUCGUAGCAUGAGUGUGAAACCAUGAGGUUUUAAAGUUUAUGUAGUCACUGGUAAAAAGCCUGGAUAAACACUUCCACUUCUAACAGUCUUGUUUCUAUAAGUGCUCUAUCAUUUCUGAGAGCACGAUAUAUAUAAUAAAACAAGAGAGGGGGGCUUUAACAGUGGCUACUAGCAUACAGUAGAUUCCCUUUUCAUGUUAAUAUCAUUCAACUGCUUUGAGUGGGAUAAAAGAUGCAAAAAACGUAGAAAAAAAAGUAAAACCAGGGUAGAUUUUUCAAAGCUGCACCUUCCACUAUGCAACGAUAGUGGAACGCCUUAUGGAUGUUAAAGGAUAAUUCCAGUUUAUUACAACUUUGGUCAUUAUUAAGUCACUUUAAAGAGGGCAUGAAGGUAAGGGAACACAGGCUGUACGCAAGUAUCCAGGGUAAACACACUUAUUUGAUGGAUAAAAGUCCAAAAGUUUACUCCAAAUACAGGGUUUUUUAAUCAUGUUUCCUCCAUUGUCUCUCUAGCGAUGUAUUCCCAGGUGUUAUCGGUUUACCUGUUGAGUACAAAGGUAUCAUAACCACAAAAAAGGUGACCAAAACUAACAAAAUAAGACCAUAAUUAUAAUAAACGGAAAUCACCCUUUAAACUAAAUAACCUGGGAGUCUUCAGGUACAGAGCUGAGUGGGAAAUGAACACCAGAUACCAGAUAAUUUUUUGUUUUCUCUCUGGGGUGUUUCAAGUUGUCCUCCUUUAUCCCAGGUAGCUUCACCAGCUGACGAUGAUCCUGUGAGUUAAUAUAGUCACGUCUUCCUGCCCUGUGUCUUCAACAUGUCGUGUUUCCCCCAAAGCUUUGAAACAGCAAUAAACGUUACUUAUCAACCUCC